AUGGAAAUCGAACCAAACUUUGGACUUCAAAAGCAAAUUUUAAAAGAGAUGCAUAAGCAAAAAGUAGAUGCCGUCAAUAGAUGGUUCAAAGAGCAAAAUUAUCUCGAAGAUAGAAUUUUGCAAAAACAAUUGAGUAUUAUCGAAAAACGAAAGGAAAAUACCAUGAAAAAGUUUUACGCUGAUCAGGAAACCAAAAUUAUGGAUGAGUUUAGGUACUUUUCCAACAAUGAAGAUAUUAAAACAUUUGUUCAGACCAAUCCAUCAGAUGAUGAAGAAUUCAAAGCACUUAAAUUGAAAAUGCACACCCCUCCUAAACAGGUUGGAAAACGUAAGGAGAAAAAAGCAAAUCCAGAUGCAAUCAAAGAUUCACUUGAUAAUCUACUCCACAUAGCAGAAAAUGAAAUGGAUCUUAAGGAUACUAUUAUAGUGGCUGAUUACGGCAUUUAUUAUAAAGGUACGAUUUUGAGACCAGGAACAAAAUGCUUCCUCAAGACCCGUGGUCAAAAAGGCUUGAAAACUACAAUAUUCGCUAUUACAGAUCUGAUUGUUACCUUUGAAUUUGAAGAUUCAGGUAUUAUGAGCGUUCCCUCAGAGUUAAUUGAAUCUGAAAAGGUUUGUAUCUCUCUUAAUUUGAUUUCUUGA